AACAGCUCCACCAUGCUCUUGUUCGCCACGACAAGGGCCUUCACAUUCAAAUGCUCGCUUUCUUCAUAUCUUGGAUUCUCCACGAAGACCCACAUGGACGCUAAACCCAGAACCCUGCUCCACAGCCCCUUCUCGAGCUCCGCCUCUCGCUCUCCUCCUAGAGAGGCUCACAUGAACGAACCUGGAAAUGGGUUCAUCUCAUUGCAGGAGUGGCAGGGGUGGGGCACCAAGUCUCCUGUGCCAGCCAUGGUCACGGAAAUCGUUGAGGAGUUGCAGUCUAUGGAGAAUGAUAUUGACGCUCAGAUGAGCUUUGGUGGCAUUGGUGGCAAACUCCAGGGAUAUUUUAAAGUUCAAGAGGAUAAAAAGCACCGAGCAACAUAUCAAGCUUUAGGUGAUUCUGAAAAAAAGUUUCAAUUUUUUGCAGCUCGACAAAUAGCAUGUCGCUUGCUUGGAAGUAGGGGAUAUCUUUGUCAGAAGUGCUGGCUUCCUUUGGAAGACUGUAUGUGCUCCGGACUCAUUCCCUGCAGUCUAUGGCCUGGAAUGCGAUUCUGGUUGUAUAUGCAUCCAAAGGAUUUCCUUCGACAAAACAACACCGGAAAGUUGUUAUGGCAAGUAUUUGGCAUUGAAGCUGUAACUUUGUGCCUCUUUGGCAUUGCUGAGCAUGAAGAAAUGAUGUGGAACACAUUCAAACGUGCAGGAAAAAACAAUGUUUGGUGCCUUUAUCCCAACAAAAGUGCUGUGACUGAAUCCGUUCAGGAGGCCUUCGGUCAAGAGUCUUCAGCAGAUCGGAAAUGCACACAACUGAUGACAGAUGGAGAUAAAACUCUGAAUUUCAUUUUAAUUGAUGGUACAUGGAGCAAUUCCAAUGCAAUGUUCAGCCGUCUGAAGGAACAAGCAAAGUCAAUGUGGGGAGAGGAAGACCUUCCCUGUAUAUCUCUGGCUACUGGAGCUUCUGCUAUGCAUAAACUUCGGCCCCAGCCAUCUUGGGAUCGUACCUGUACAGCAGCGGCGGCAGUUGGCCUCCUCUCUGAGCUGCAACUUCUCCCAGAGUUUAGCUCAUAUGGAUUGGAUAAACAGGCUGAAGCAGUAGAGGAUGGUUUAGUGUCAUUGUUAGAAGCACUCACAGCUCGACGUCUUCGGAUGGGCAGAUCCAUCACGCGCAAAGCAAGACACUCCAGUGACAUCUGUUAGCCGCCGGCCAAGAAUGAGAAUGGUGGUGGCCAUACUGAUCACUUUGUUGUAGUGUCAUGUUUUUGGAAGAAAUGUAGGCCAUGAUGUCCUUGAUGUUGAAGGAAUCAUUAAGGCUGUGCUGAAGGGGGAGGGUGCUUCUGGUGCAGCAAUAUCAUCUCAGUUGGUGCUGAAAAGAUGGGAUAAUGGUGAUUGGUUCUGCAUUGAUGGGCCCUAUCACCAAGCAUAAGCAACUCAGCAGCCUAAGGUGAUAAUGCCCAGAAAUUGAUAACUGAUGUUCAUGUAUAAAUUCUAUUGGAAUGCGGCCUUUUGGGGUUUGAUGUGCUCCAACCAUAAAAUGUUGAGGGGAAGGCUUUUGUUCUU